AAAGAAGAAGCUCCACUACCUCCAGACACCAUUUCUAUCAUCGUUAUUGUUUGACAUGUUUUCUCAGAAGUAGCUGGGCUUGUUGUCAAACACAGCAGGUGAUUGGGCUUUUUAAAAGAAUACUUAGCAGUGUUUUUAUUUUUCAUGACGUUUUAUUUGCUUUCAGAGCUCAAGCUGUCAGGUGGACUAUUGAUGUCAUCCGCUGUGGAGCUGCAGCGACCUUCAGUUUAGGUCUACUAGCAUAAACAAAGACUCGUUUUAGGUGGUUUGUUUUUGCUCAGUUCCCCUUCUAGCUUCUGUUGUUUAGCACUUUUUGGCUGUGGGGAGGAUGGGACCCUUGCUGUAUGGUCUCCUGCUGGUUUCUGUCUGCACUUUCUCAACCGGCUUGGAUUUCCAGCGGGAGCUGAAGCCGCUCGGUCUGUCGGUUUUUGAGAGACGCACCGAAAGAGCUGCAAAAAUCGUCAAGAGGUCCCUGCCGUCGUCGUGGCUGGCUGCUUCGCCGAACCACAAGAUACAGCGAAGGAGCUCCGACUCGGGAGAGUCGUGUCAGCAGCAUCAGGGAUAUAAACCCAAGUUAGAUGACAACACCCACAGUUUUAAGUUCGACGACCUGAGUGGCUCUGUGUCACUGGCCUGGGUUGGAGAUGGCACAGGGGUUAUCCUGGCUUUGACAACUUUUCAGGUGCCUUUAUUCAUGUUGAGGUUUGGACAGUCCAGACUCUACCGUAGUGAGAACUACGGGAAGUCAUUUAAGGACGUGACGGACUUGAUCAACAAUACCUUCAUCAGAGCAGAGUUUGGUAUCGCGAUCAGUCCUGAUAAUUCAGGCAAGGUGAUCCUGACAGCGGAGGUGUCUGGAGUCCAGGAGGCUCAGAUUUUUGUCUCUGAUGAUUCUGGGAAAAGUUUCCGUCGCCAGAGUUUGCCUUUGAACCCCAUGAUGCAGAUUUCAUACAAUCCUGAGACGUCCAAUGUGUUGAUGGCGCUCAGCAUCAGUAAUGAUCUAUGGAUUUCUCAAGACUUUGGCAGCACCUGGAAGAAGAUCCACAGCAUGGUGUGUCUGAUGAAAUGGGGAAGGAAUAGCACCAUCUUUUUUACAGCCAGCCAAAAUGGGUCCUGCAGUGAUCGAGGAAUGUUAGACCUGAAGAGGACAACAGACUACGGUCACACUAUUAAGACUGUAGCCAGUAAGAUCUACUCGUUUGGUCUGGGCGGACGUUUCCUCUUCGCCUCGGUAAUGACGGGCAAGGGAACACUGAGGGCCAUCCAGGUGUCGGUGGACCACGGUGAGAGUUGGAACGAGGCCCAGCUGCCGCCUGUUGGUCACGAGCAGUUCUACUCCAUCCUAGCAGCGAACGAUGAUAUGGUCUUCAUGCACGUCGAUGAGCCUGGAGAUACAGGAUUCGGGACUAUUUAUGUAUCAGAUUACCGGGGCACGGUGUACUCCAAGUCCCUGGAACACCACCUUUACACCACCACUGGGGGAGACACGGACUUUACUAACGUCACCUCCCUACGGGGAGUUUUCAUCACCAGUGUGCUGGCUGAAGAUAACUCUGUUCAGUCUGUGGUGUCCUUCGAUCAGGGAGGGGAGUGGGUUCCUCUGCAGAAACCGGCCAACGCAAAGUGUGAUGCUACAGCCAAGGACCCAGAAAAGUGCAGUCUCCACAUCCACGCCGCGUACAGCAUCGCCAUGAAGCUGAAUGUCCCCGUGCUGCCUCUGUCUGAGCCAAACGCCGUGGGUCUCAUUUUAGCUCACGGCAGCGUUGGUGACGCCAUCUCGGUGAUGCGACCUGAUGUGUAUGUAUCUGAUGACGGUGGCUACACCUGGCUGAAAGCGCUCGAUGGGCCUCAUCACUACGCCAUCCUGGACUCAGGAGGGCUGCUGGUGGCUGUGGAGAAGAGCAGCAAUGACCUCAUCAAUCAGGUCAAAUUUUCCACUGAUGAAGGACAGUGCUGGAGUGUGUAUAACUUCACCAACGAGCCCAUCUAUUUCACCGGUCUGGCUUCAGAACCAGGAGCUCGCUCCAUGAGUGUCAGCAUCUGGGGCUACAGAGAUGCCUACCUGGCUCAAUACUGGGUCUCCUUCACCAUUGACUUCAGGGAGCUUCUCACCAGAGACUGUGAGGACAAGGAUUAUGUGGAGUGGCUGGCCCACUCUGAUGACAUCAGUGACCCGAAUGAUGGCUGCAUGCUGGGUUACAAAGAGACGUUUCGGCGGCUCAGGAAAGACUCGGUCUGCUGGAACGGACGUGAUUAUUUGAUCACCAAAAAGCCAGAUCCAUGUCCUUGCACCCUGGAUGACUUCCUAUGUGACUUUGGGUACUACCGUAAAGAGAACAGCUCUGAGUGUGUGGAGCAGCCGGACCUAAAGGGUAAAGUGUUGGAGUUCUGUCUGCAGGGCAAAGAGGAGAAGCUGGUAACUACUGGGUAUAGAAAAAUUCCUGGAGAUAAAUGCGAAGGGGGAACAAUGCCCACACGUAACGAGAUCGACCUCAGAAAGAAAUGCGUCAGUGACCUGGUGGACGUCCAGCUACUUAAGUCAGACGGCCAUGGAUCCCGGUCUGCAGUCAUCGUGACCACGGUCAUCAUCGUCAUGCUGCUGAGCAUCGCAGCAGGAGUGCUCUUUGUCAAGAAAUACGUCUGUGGCGGCAGGUUUUUGGUACACAGAUACUCAGUGCUGCAGCAGCACGUUGAGGAUACAGCGACAGCAGAGAUGGACGACCCGCUGGACAGCAACCACACUCAAAAUGGAAAAAUUGUGUUUCAUGAUGAUUCUGAUGAGGACAUGCUUGAAUAGCAGGGGCCACCUGUUACACAACCCAGCAACAGGUUUCCUGUCCCUCUCGUGACCGGCCGCUGUUCCCGUCGCUCUCGUCUUCAGUCACUUCCUACUUUAAUGCUCAGCAACAAACGGCAGCAAUGGGCUGAGGCUGUCUCUCUGCCGCCGCCGCCGCCGCCGAUGAAGUUUAUGAAUGUACGAACACUUCCCUAGGCUGGUGCCGCUGUCCAGGUGAACUGUGGGGGAAGUCUUGUUCUGUUUCAUUUAUCAGUUCUGUGAUGUGAGUUUUAAUGUCACUUAUUUAUUUUAUUUGAUGAAGGAUUGAAUCUUUAACAGCUGCACUGCUAAAAGAGCCAAAGUGAAAUCUUUGCAACAACAGCCAGGUGUUUAAAUCCUUCUCCACUGCUGUACUGUUUCUGUCUGGUCACAUAGAGAGGUUCUGGAAGACCAUGUUUAUGUUGUCAUACAUCAUCAUGAAUUAAUAUAUCAGUUUUUAAUCUGCGAUCAGGUGGGUGGUCUCUGGUUUAUAAUCUUCUUAGACCACUUGAGUCUUGAUCCCUCCUGUUGAAGUAUUUAUCUAUAAUGUUCCCACGUGACCAAGAGGACAUGACUCUGACACUUAGCUGAUUUGUGAAAGCUCUUACUUUCAGCCUAUUCUUGGAAAACAAGUCCUCAGGCUGCCAGAUUAUUUUUGCAUCAGACUCAGCUGGUAAAUUGAAAAGCUUGAGCAGGAAUUUCCAGCAAUAACGGUAGAGAUUUUGUACAUUAAGCAUAUUUUCCAUGCAUGCAGGGUAAUCCUUUUGGCACAGCAUCUUUUACUGUUUUUAUUUGUUUCAGGACAGAAUGAGCUUUAAUUUGACUGCAGUUCUUAAUGCUGAAAGCACAAAAGUCUUUUGUAUUUUAGAAAUCUGGUGUUGAACUUUUUUCUUAAUCAUGAAUGAUGUGCAAGAAUGAACACUGUAAUCAUAGAAAGCAUAUUUGUGAUAAUUUGAGCAAUUUUUCUAUUAAAAAAUCUUGUGAAUUUUUAGAACAUUUAGAUUACCAAAUACAUUAAUAUAAUUUGGUGAUGGAAACUUAAAAGCUAUGUGAAAAAACUACUGAAUUAUGUAAAUGUUGUAUAAUAAUAAUAUUCACUUGUUUAGCCUGCUAGAAAAUCUGCAAAUCUUUAGUUUUUUAUCUGAGGUUCAGCAACUUAUCUCUAAAAGAACAGGGUUAGUCAAGGUUCUUAUUCUUUCUUCUACAAAGAAAAAAAUCAUGUGAUGUCAUGAUUUUAUUUGCCCUUUUAAAACAUUUGUUGCAGUUAUUCGACUUGUAUUAACUGAUGGUCCGCUGGAGUGCAGUAAACGGGAUGUGGUUAUUUAAGUGCCUGGUGAGAGAAUCUGACAGGCGACCAGCAUCUAUCUGUUAUCCAUUAAAUCAGUUUAAUGCAUUUUGUCAGUGAUGAUCGAUUCAAAGUUGCACUUGCAUAAAAGGGCAUCUUGAGCUGUAAAUGUCUAUUUUAUAUGGGCUUCCACCAAAAUCUUAACUAUGAACAACUUAAAUUGCAUUUUUUGUGAGUAAAGUGAUCAAUAACCUGUUAAGUUUCUGUCUCAUUGGCUGUUUAAAUUGUUUCUGAACUCAAAGGAAAGACGAAGUGGAAGCAGGUUACUAUGUAGCUGCAUUACACUGGACGGCACCUGAGAAGGUGUGUUGAAUGAUGCUUUACUGUAUUUUAUGAGGGUCAGGGUGUGUAUAUUUUCCUUACUGCUGUGUCAUUUUAUUGAAGUCAUUGUCAAGGUUUUGUAAAUAUAAAAAGUUGAACUGCUGUCUCUUCUUUCUGUAUAUUUGAUGCAUUUUUUCUUUGGGUUUGACAAUAAAUUCUUAUCUUCCUCA